AGAGAGAGAGCGAGAGAGAGGUGAUGCUGAUCGUCACACAGCGCAGAUGAGGAUGCUAUCGAUCACAUCCUUCCAAUUGCCCGGCCAUGCACGCACGUGCGCAAACCCCCACCUCCGUCCUUAAACGCCGACGAUGAGGUCCUGUUUGGAAAAGUUUCCGAUGCAGAACUCGGCACCAGCGCAGUCCGGGAUGGUGAGCCACUGUCAGCCGACGUUCGGCGACUUCCGAGCGGACACGUGGGCGCGGCGUGCCGGAGCCACCGGCUUCGGAGGAGGUUACGUUUACCAGCAGCAGCACCACCACCACCACCAGCAGCAGCAGCAGCAGCAGCAGCAGCAGGAGCACUCCAACGCCAAGCGGCCGGCCGACGGCGCCGCCGCGCCGGGCGUAAAAGCGCAUGUGGCCGCCAAAGCUCCGCGCUCAUGCUUCACUUUCCCACCGCCGCAAGGUAACAGCGGCUACUGCUUAGACAAAACUGCCGACGCCGAGCUGGGGGGCACCAUGAUGCCACGCGGGCAGAGUUUGCCGCUGCCCUUGGGAGGUCACCCGGGGGGGCUUUACCCGCAGAGCCUCCAGUGCGACAGCCCUGCGCCCGAUCUCCUUCUGCAGGACAGCCCUCACCGGGACGCCAGAUCAUGCACUUUUCAGAGGAGCCUACCUGGGGCCUCGCCGGGCCUGGGCUGCGGCGGUGCCAGCAGGCCUCCGUCGGCUCUACCGUAUUUGGUCAAAGAAGAGGACGCCGUGGGCUACACCGUUUCGAGCACGAUGCCCGGUGUCCAGGCCGGCUUUCACAACUCGAGGGCCGGGAUGGUUUCGAGGGCGUCGAGGGACGAGAUGGCGCACGUCGGCAACGACGGCGGCGAUAGCAUGUGCGUAGUGAGCGACGCCGCACCGGGGGAUGCGUCGCAACCCUUUAAUAAUGAAGACGGCUCCUCCCCGUCGGCUUUGUCCCCGGCGAGCUCCCGUCAUUCGGCGCGUCUGCUGUGCGCCGGCAGUCUGAAGAGACGUCGCCUUUCGCCGGUCUCGCAGUCCGCCGUCCAAACCGGCAGCGUCGCCGUCGCGGAUUCUCCAUCUGUGACCAGAACCGGCUCCGAGGAGAUCAACAUCACCGCCAUCAUCUGCGCUUCCACGCAGAUGUCAAUGCUGGCUUGCGUCAACGGCUUCCGCGCUAACCUCUCGCCCAGCCACGCUAGCAGUGGCAGAUUCUCUUCCCCCUCCUCCUCUUCCUCCUCAACAUCCCCACCGACUAUCCCCUGCCCUCGGGAAGUCCCCCACAAACUCCCGCAGCACCAAAGCCCUCAGCGGGCCUCGCUGCAGGAGAGCUGUCAGCUAUCAAACUCACCUGCCGCCUGCCUGCUGUCCCUGUCCUCCUCUUGCUCCUCAUCCUCUUCUUCUGUGUCUUCAGUGGAUCCGGAGCAAGGCCAAGGGUCGUGCGAGGAGCAGGGCUCCAUGCAGCUGGGCCGUGGGUCUGGAGCAGCCCCCCUGGGAAAUGCAGGAGGAGGCGGAGGGGGCUCGGAUGGGUUGGGGUUAUUCAUGCUAAUGUCGGGGACGCUACAAACGGCGGCUGAAACCGGGGUUCUACUGGACAGGAGCCAAAGACCGGGGGCUGAAACCGGGACUCUACUGGACAGGAGCCAAAGAUCGGGGGCGGGAAACGGGGCUCUGCUGGACAUGAGCCAAAGGUCGGCGGCCGCACUCAAGCAAGAACCCUUAGAUGACUUCGCCCCCAGUGACGACGAACUUUUGCAACACCGCUACCACCAUCACUUAAGUGGCCGCAAUGGGCACUUUCGUCACCUUCAUCAGCAUUCCCGCUCGGCCAUGCCACCGCCUUACCACCUGCACCAAUAUGCGGGGGGCGGGCUUCUGAAUAGUCAUACCCAUCAAUCGCCACCGGGCUCGUCCGUGGGACUCAAGUCGUCGUCGUCGUCGUCCGGGGGCCCUCCCGGGUCCCACGCGGGCCCGGAAGGCGAGGAAACCGCUGGAACGCAGGCCGAUAAGCAGUCGUGUCGCUGGAUUGACUGCAGUGCUGCCUAUGAGCAACAGGAGGAGCUUGUGAGGCACAUUGAGAAGGUCCACAUCGACCAGCGCAAGGGCGAGGACUUCACCUGCUUCUGGGCCGGCUGCAUUCGGCGCUACAAGCCCUUCAACGCUCGCUACAAGCUGCUCAUCCACAUGAGAGUUCACUCUGGGGAGAAACCCAACAAGUGUAUGUUCGAGGGCUGCAACAAAGCGUUUUCGCGUCUGGAGAACUUGAAGAUCCACCUGAGGAGCCACACGGGGGAGAAGCCGUACCUGUGCCAGCACCCGGGCUGCCAGAAAGCUUUCAGCAACUCCAGCGACCGCGCCAAGCACCAGCGCACUCACCUGGACACGAAACCAUACGCGUGUCAGAUCCCCGGUUGCACCAAGCGAUACACCGACCCCAGCUCCUUGCGCAAGCACGUCAAGAUCCACUCGGCCAAAGAGCAACAGGUGCGUAGAAAGCUGCGUCCGUGUCCUCACCUGGAGCAGGACGUGCUGAGCGACUGCGCGUCCGUGGCGCACCUGCAGACCUCGGCUCAGACGCGGCAACUGUACGGCACCGAGGAAGGCUGCGCUCCAGGGCUGAGCCGAGACGCGUUCACAGGCUUGUACGCCGUCUCCGGCGCCCACCACCACCGCGGCGCCUCGGCCGAGCUCCUCUCCCCUGCCGCUAAUCCCGCCGCCGCCGCCGCCGACCUGCCCUCCCGACAGCACUGCCUGGACCCGGACCUCAACAGCCCGCGUCACCUGUCGCCCAUGGCCGCCAUGGAGGGCACCAGAGACGGGGUGUCAGGUCCGCUCCUCUCUCCGGGGAUGAAGGGAACCGGCACCCCCCCGCCCCCCCCCUCCCCUCCUCCUCCUCCUCCUCCUCCUCCUCCCCCCGCGUUGGACAAGCAUCACGUCCAAGCUCAGCACAAGCCCUUCUCUCACUAUCACCACCAGCAGCAGACUCCAAAUAACGAAUUUCAAGGUAGCUUCCAGAGCUGCUUCCACUUCGCAGACUCCUACCGGAUGGAGCAGACGGUGAGCGGCGGAGAUUGUCACGCCUACGCUUCCCAUCAGCACAAUGGCUUCCACAUGGCCACCAGCGACUCUCUGGGCUCCGCAGGCUUCAAUUUGAGCCAGGAGCUUCAAGGCGGCACGGGGUGCCAGUUCUCCUCCAGUCCAGAGGAGGGCGCCUUCUUCCAGGCGGGCAGCUUCGAGCGCGGCCUUAGCCACAUGUCGUCAGUGUACACAGAGUCGUAGACGCGCAUGUCAGACGUGGAACUUUUCACUUACAGUACUUUCGGGUGGCUGUAGUCGGAGCUUUCCGCUGCUCAACAAACUUUUCUGUGUCAUUUGAACGAGACAGAGCUAUCGAGAAACAGGAAAUUGCUUGAACGAGGAUUUUAGCCUUCUUCUCUACUGCCGUUGUUUGAAUGUGUGACGUGUCAGUCAGACAAAUGAUGUUACGUGCUGUAACAUUGACCGUAAUCUACAUUUUAACAGGUAAAUUGAUUAAAAAAUUAGAUGUGGUGGAAAUUCAGACGGGCAGUGGUGCCUUGUGAUAAAGCUUACGAGUUUAAGUGAACUGUCAAACUAAACAGAAGACAGAGAAUUGCGCAUUUAUUACACCCACAUAGCUAUAGUACAGAUUGGACAGAAAAUUGAACAAUACAGGCAUAUAUGUUUGAUCCUCAAACAACGGCUUCUGCUAUUGCAGCUUAUCAGUUUAUGUAUAUCCGUAUGUCUGUAUUAUACUGGACGACUGGUUAGUGCGUCUGCCUCACAGUUCUGAGGACCGGGGUUCAAUCCCGGCCCCGCCUGUGUGCCGUUUGCAUGUUCUCCCCGUGCCUGCGUGGCUUUUCUCCCACAGCCCCCAAAACAUGCAUGAUCGGUUCAUUGAAAACUCUAAAUUGCCCCUAGGUGCGAAUGUGAGCGCGAAUGGUUGUUUUGUUUCUAUCUGCCCUGCGAUUGGCUGGCGACCGGUUCGAGGUGUACCCCGCCUCUCGCCCGAAGAUAGCUGGGAUGGGCUCCAGCACGCCCGCAACCCAAGUGAGGAGAAAGCACCCGGAAGUACCCUGGCGUCUUUACAAACAAUAUCAAAAGGCCUACACAUGGACACUGCCUUGAACAUUGAAUCGUACGUCGCCGGCCCGGCCAUAUUGGAUGUGGAGAAGUGGAGCGAUGGGUGAAGAUGCCUUAUUCAUUUGCUGCUGAGAGACUAAGCCAGAUCUCAUGGGGAAAAAGACUAAACAAAGACUUUGGAUUAUAAAGUGUACAGACCCACCCGCAAUAGGUGAAAAUCUGCAAUAUAGAAAGACCAUUCACAUUUUUUUUUUUUUUUUACCUCUCCCAUCCGCGCUUCAUACAUUUAAACUUAUUAAAACACAUUGUAAACAUUUGAACAUAAAAAUUGCAAGCAUAAAACGUGUAGAAAAUACUGUACAUAUCGUUGCGUUUGUGUACAUGCAUGUGCCUUGAAGAGGCGGAGCCUGGAUGGGUGGCACGUGACGUUAGGCGAGUCUGCGUGCGAGUGUCUGGGCGUGAGCUGUGGCCGACAGCAGCUCCCGUGUGAGUGUGCUUGUUGUGUUAACGUGUUUUACUGUUCUGCCCGUGUUCAAUAAAUGGCUGAAAAGUG